UCAUUGAAUUGCGGGCAAAAAAAAAAGUGGUACAUCAAUAAACAAUAUAAUGUCUCAAUAUUGGAAAACAAAAGUGGCUGUUAUAACGGGAGCCUCAAGUGGUAUUGGAGCUAAAAUUGCUAUAAAAUUGGCAAAUGCUGGUGUACUAGUUAUUGGCUUAGCACGACGUACUAAAUUGAUAGAUGAUUUAAACAAAGACAUUGAAGGUUAUGGUAAAAUCUAUUCUCAUCAUUGCGACUUAAGUGAUGAAGGCAGUAUUUUGGAAGCUUUUAAUUGGAUACGCACCACUUAUGGGGCAAUUAGUAUAUUGAUUUGUAAUGCUGGUAUAAUUAAGGCGAAUUUUUUAAGCGAAUCUACAUCGAAAGAAAUAAAGGAUUUGUACGAUUUGAAUGUGUUCGCUACCACCAUCUGUUUGCGUGAGGGUUUGAAACUGAUGCGUACGCUGGCAACAGCUUCGAAGGGGCACAUUAUAGUUAUGAAUAGCAUCCUGGGUCAUCGUAUACCAGACGUACCCGUGCCUCUGUUCAGUGUGUAUCCCGCAACAAAACAUGCAAUUACCGGACUGUGUCAAACAGUGCGACAGGAAAUACAUUUUCUCAAAUUAAAUAUAAAAUUAACAAGCAUUAAUCCUGGCCUGGUCGAUACAGAUUUUCUAAGUGUUUAUUCCCAGUCGGUGGCCGAUUUGCCUAAAUUAAGCGCUGAAGAUGUUGCCCAGGCGGUUUAUUAUGCCCUGGAGACACCCAAUCAUGUUCAAGUGGAAGACAUAACAUUGCAAGCCAUGAGACGUCACGGCACGGACAAUGAUUGACAUACUACUAAUUUGAAAUAAGCUACAUAAAGUUUAAAUAAGAAUGUAAUAAUAAUUUAACAACUCUUAACAGACGAUUUAAUUUAUAACCAGAAAAUAAAUUGAUAUUUCAUUAACUGAUACUUUUUUCCAUGCAUAUCGAUAUUAUCGAACACUUAACAAAGUAUUUAUAAAACAAUAUUAAUAAACAACAAAUAACCUUAUUUUAAAAUUCAUAUUAAUUUUUUAAAUAAUUAAAUAAAAUGUUUUUGCAAAUCGAAGAGAA